AUUGCCUCGCCAACGCUGGAAGCCACUACCAUGUUCGUCGGGCAACAAGGGGCCACGUCACUUAUCUGGCCGCUUGAAAAAGGAGGGAUUCCUGCGGACACCGUAUGCCACGACACUGCUGCUAUGCAUCCCUACUCACGCAGAACACUUGUACAGGUGCUGCUGCUACUUUUCCUGGACAAUCUACCGAGUCGACCCCGCUGUCUGGAUGGGCCCAUGAUGAACGUUUGGAUGAACGAUACCAGCGCCUUCAUAACGGAACCGUCUGCGGAUUGCUGCCCGCCUUUGGGUUGCCUGCAUCACAUUGCCUCGCCAACGCUGGAAGCCACUACCAUGUUCGUCGGGCAACAAGGGGCCACGUCACUUAUCUGGCCGCUUGAAAAAGGAGGGAUUCCUGCGGACACCGUAUGCCACGACACUGCUGCUAUGCAUCCCUACUCACGCAGAACACUUGUACAGGAGAGAUUGAUCGCUCCACCGCAAGAGCUGCGGCAUACACCAUGGCCACUGUUGGUAGCCCACAUCAAGCAUAUCAAUAGACCCAGACAAAUGGACUCACCAUCAACAUCAAGACCAUGGACUAAGAUAGAACCCAAGAGCGAUGGCCUUUUCCUUUUCUCGAGCAUCCCUCCUUCCCUUCCCUACACCUGGGAGAGCUCAACCGCUGCACCGGAAGGGCUGCGCCGUACACUAUGGCCACUGCUGGCAGCCCACAUCAAGCAUAUCAAUAGAUCCAGACAAACGGACUCACCAUCAACAUCAAGACCAUGGACUCAGAUGUACCCCAAGAGCGACGGCCUUUUCAUUCCCUCGAGCAUCCCCACGAACAGCACUACACAAACAGAGACGCCCACGAACAGCACUACAGAGUCAAAGGCGCUCGCACAAGCCAAAAGUUCUCAGAAAGCACAGAAGUGCGUAAAUAUACGGGCGCGCUGAGUCAAAAGUUGCUCCCGUCUUAAGGAAUGCCGGAGAAGCACCUCUCUUCUUGUCAUUUCCUUCGACUUGGUCGUGCGCCAAGAAAAGAGCUUUAAGUGGACUAUAUACGCCGUGCCAUCUGCAUUUAGAGCACGACGAAGCAAGUUCUUCGAUCCUUAGCAGCGGCGGUCCCUUUCCGACUGAGCCAGAAUGCAAAAACAUUCCCGUAUAACAAAAUUUCAGUUCGAAUCAGCAACUGCAAGUGGCAGAAAUUAAUCAGAAGCCCCGCACGGAGUCUUUCGUAGCCCAGGGGCUGCGUGGAGACGUUAAGUCCAAUCGAUCGAUCGAUCAAUCAAUCAAUCAAGCAACACAUAUCUAAGCAAGUUUUUUUCGGCAAUGGAGGUAUAGACGGAACAGCUGACUUUUGUUUCGAUAAAGUUGCUUAUAGGAACAGUAAAGAAACCUACAAAAAAUUAAUGUAACGCCACAUCGUACAGGGUUUCCACUAAGGCUUUGAAAUGCUAAUCAUCUUGAAUGCACGUGCUCAAGUCCGUAUGUAUGUCGGUCAGUGCGGGACCACACCGUCCGAGCAAGGGUUCCCGGGCAUGUCGUGUACCUCGACGAGUCCACAGCAAGUGGUACACAAUUUACAACAACAAAAUACCUAUUUUUAGAGCACGAGAUUGUCCCGUUCACUUGAAUUUCUAACCUUUCUGAAUUCUCGGCGCCGAACCAGCGAAAAUAUAAGCUGUGUAACACGAAGGUAUAAUUAAGAACCAUCUCGUUCUCGCUGAAUUUCCUCGGUUUGUGAGCUCCUUAUGCGAACUUCUCUUUUGCUCUCACUAAGUUCUUCACAUCGGACAAGGGCGGUCCCCGAUGAUGCUGUGUAUAUAGCGACUGGUGCCAGCAGAU